AUGGCUACAACAGUUACUAAUCUUGGAAUCAUCUUUGACCAGGAAAUAUUGUUCAAUGAUCAGAUAAAUCAACCUUGUAGAACUUCGUUUUUCUUCUUUAGAAACCUGUUUAAAAUUCGUAAAUAUUUGACAGAUGAGGCCACUUCUAAGGUAGUACAUGCUUUUCUAACUACAACACUAGAUUAGUGUAACCAUCUUUACUUUUGUCUACCCAAAUAUCAAGUUAAAAAAAUGCAGAGGGUUAAAAACACAGCUGCUCGACUGGUCACUGGUUCUUCGAAGUACGAUUACAUCACCCCUUUAUUACAGCAACUUCACCGUUUUCCUGUUUCGUAUCGCGUUGUUUUCAAAAUUUUACUCCUUGUCUACAAAGCUCGUCAUGGACUGUGCCCUGGGUAUGUCUCAGAACUAUUACAGGAGAGAAAAUCAUCUCGAGCAUUGCGCUCAAGUUCUCUAGGACUCCUAGCAACACCAACAUCAAGAACAAAUUCAUAUGGAGAUAGAACAUUCUCAGUCUGUGCACCAAAAUUAUGGAAUUGCCUGCCUAACCACGUCAGAAAUGUUGGAACACUGCCUUUAUUUAAAAAGAAUCUAAAAACAUAUUUAUUU